CCUUUCUUUAGCUGUUUUAAUGCUCUUUUCAUUUUUUGUUUUCAAUUUUGCUUUUUUAAUGCAAUUUUGGACAAUUUUUUCCUAUUUUUGGAAUUCUGUGUUCCUCCAGGCUCUCCUCCAUCCUGCAGCAUUUUGGGGCAUUUCCUGUCACUUCUAAGUCAUUUUGGGUCACUUUUAGGCCAUUUUUGGCCAUUUUUGUGGCAUUUUCUGUCAUAUUGGGUAAUUUGGAAAAAUUUUGUCUCAUUUUGGGUACAUUUAAAGGGGAUUUUUGGUCUUUUUUUGGGCCAUUUUCUGUUAUUUUGAGCCAUUUUUUGUAAUUUUGGGUACAUUUCUAGUCAGUUUUUGAUCAUUUUGGGGCCAUUUUCUGCCACGUUUUGGUCUCUUGAGGGGUGUUUUUGGUGACUUUUGAGCCCUUCUUUGCUGGCUUCAGUCCCGGUCUCAGUCUUGAUCUCAGCGCAGUCCAGGUCCCAGUGCCGGUAGCGGUGUCAGUCUUGGUCCCAGAGUGCUCCCAGUGCCAAUCUCAGUCUGGGUCCCAGUCCGGAGCGGUGCCAGUCUCGGUGCUGGUUCCGGUGCCGGUCUUGGUCUCAGUCUUGGUCCCAGUGCCAGUUCUGGUGUCAGUUACGGUCUUGGUCUCAGUCCCGGUCCCAGUGCCUCUGUGGCGCCGGUCUCAGUUCCGGUGUACUGGUUCCGGUCCUGGUCCCAGUCCUGCAGCGGUGCCGCUCUCAGUUCUGGUGUCAGUUCUGGUCCCAGUCUUGGUCUUGGUGCCUGUCCCAGAGCAGCGCCGCUGUCGGUGCCGGUCUCGGAUUCGGUGUCGGUCUCAGUCUUGGUGCUGGUGCCGGUUCUGGUGCUGAUCUUGGUCUGGGUCUCAGUCCAGGUCCUGGAGAUUUUAGGCCCAUUUGGGUAAUUUUCGGCCAAAGCGUGUUGCGUUGUGGUUUUUGGGAGUGGAGCUGAAGCCCAGAGCCGAUAAGCCUCUGCGGUGGAAAGGCCGCUUGGGGAAGCUCAGGCGAAGCAGUCAAGCUCACACAUGCACACACGCCACGUGGGCAGCUCAGCAAGGAGAGGCCAGAAGGCCUUUGCACUGGAUCAGUUCCAGCCAGGUUUAUUUCCAGAAGCCCAAGGGGAAUCCAGAUUGGAAAGGGGAGCACGUGUGCCGGUCUCCAGCUCAAGUGUGAGCUUCAGCAGCCAAAGACCUUGAGGCACGGGGGCAGAGCAAAGGGCAGGAAAGGCUUUCCUAUUCCCAACCCUUCGCAGGAUGGAGGAGGAGGCUGUGAGGAAGAGGAAGAUGCCCCAGGACAGCCAGGCAGACAAGGAGCUGUGCAUGGAGACCAGGGAGAACAAAUCCCCACGGCAGAUCCUCGUGGAAGAGGCCGUUUUGAGCGGCUCCAUGGUGCAGGAAUCCCACGGGGAGGAAAAGUCCUGGCGAUCCCUGGUGAGAAGAGACUGCAAAAGCAGAUCACGAGGAUCUGGGGAGGAAAAGUCCUGGCAAUCCCUCGCUAGAGAAGACUGCAAAAGCACAUCACGAGGAUCUGAGGAGGAAAGAGCCACCCUGUGCCAGGAAGGCGGCCAGAGAUGGAGCCAGAGCUCAGACCUGGUCCUCCAUGAGCAGCUUCAUGAUGGGGAGAAGCCCCACAAGUGCUUUGGGUGUGCGAAGAGCUUCACCUGGCGGUGCCACCUGCUUAGCCACCAGAGGAUUCACACAGAUGAACGGCCCUACGAAUGUGGGGAAUGUGGGAAGAGCUUCAGGAAGAGCUCCAGCCUGAUAGAACACCAGAGGAUCCACACUGGGGAGAGGCCCUAUGAGUGUGGGGAAUGUGGGGUGAGCUUCAGGAAGAGCUCCAGCCUGAUCCAGCACCAGAGGAUCCACACUGGGGAGAGGCCCUACAAGUGUGGAGAAUGUGGGAAGAGGUUCAGACAGAGCUCCAGCCUAACCCAGCACCAGAAGAUCCACACUGGGGAACGGCCAUACAAGUGUGGGGAGUGUGGGAAGCGCUUCAGGCACCGUACCACCCUGAUCGUCCACCAAAGGAUCCACACAGGGGAGAGGCCCUACAAGUGUUCCGAGUGUGGGGAGGGGUUUCUGACCAGCUCCCAGCUCCUUGAACAUCAGCAGACACACAUAGAGGAGAGGCCCUUCCGCUGCCCCGACUGCGGGAAGGGCUUCAAGCGCAGCUCCAACCUCACCCGCCACAGGCGCAUCCACACCGGGGAGAGGCCCCACGAGUGUGAUGUAUGUGGGAUGAGCUUCAUACAGAGCUGGGCCCUGAUCUGCCACCAGAGGACCCACACUGGGGAGAGGCCUUAUGAGUGUGAUAAAUGCAGCAAGAGGUUCCACACAAGCUCUGAUCUCCUCCUGCACCAGCGUAUUCACACAGAGGAGAGGCCCUUCCGCUGUUCUGACUGCAGGAAGGGCUUCAAGCAGAAAUCCGCCCUCGUCAGACACCGGCGCAUCCACACCGGGGAGAGGCCCUUCAAGUGUCCCCAGUGUGGGAAGAGCUUUUCACAGAGGUCUCACAUGACCAAACACCAACUGAGGCACUGCUAAGGGAAGCCCUGUGAGUGUCUUGAGUGCAGGAAGAGCUUCAUGCACUGCUCCAACUCCAUCCUCCACUGGAGGACCCAUGUUGGGCAGAGCCCUGGUGACACACAUUCCUUGUGAUCCAUUUUGGGAAGACACCUGGCUGCUUAUUCUUUUUUUUUUUUCCCCUAGUUUUUUUCUCUUCCCUCUUACUUUGCACUCCAGAAGCCAAGAGAGAUCCAUCUGUCACCUCAAAACCACUGAAAUCCCACUGAGAACAACUCAACCUUACCCCAAAAGGGCUCAGUCCCACCUCAGAAUGGCAUGUUCCCACCUCAGAAAAACUCAAUCCCACACCAAACUUACUCGAUUCCACAGCUGCCAGAGUGAGAUGAGGCUGGAAGGAGAUUGGGAGAAGUGGGAUGCAAAUUUGGAGCGGUGGAAUGGGGAUUGUGCACGGCUGGGUGGGUGGGAUGUAUUUGAUAGUAAACCACUUCUGUGGUUAUAAUGUGGGGCCAGGUCAUGUCUGUCACCCUCCCUUACAAGGGUGGCUGAGAUCAUCUCCAUUCCUGCUUACCUGGGGGAUGGGCUGGAGGUGGUCUCUGUGGAGCGGAGUUUCUGGUGGGGGCUCUGCAACCAUCAUUGCCAGAUGGAAAGAGAGGAGAGGAGAGAGGAGAGGAGAGAGGAGAGGAGAGGGAGAGGAGAGGGAGAGAAGGGGAGAGGGAGAGACGCAGUUCCGCCCGCUCCGUUCCGCCAGUGCCGCCGCGGCCGCUUCCCAAACCCUGUGUAAGCCCCGCCUCCCUUGACGACAGCCAAUGGGCGUCGAGGAACAGCCGGAGGGGCGGAGCAAGUGGCGUUCCACAGUGUGAACCAACAGAGAGGGGGCGUGACCAGAACACAACCGAGCGAUCUGAUUGGUCGGGAGGUGGAGGGUUCUAAAAGGGGUGGGGCUCAGGCCCGGGGUCACCCUGGGAUUUUGGGAGCAGCUCCAGGUGUUCCCAGUCCCUCUCCAGCUCUCCUGGAGCCCCUUCACGCCCUGCAAGGGGCUCUGAGCUCUCCCUGCAUCCUUCCCUUCUCCAGGGGAACAUUCCCAGCUCUCCCAGCCCGGCUCCAGUUCCUCUGGGCUCGCCCCAGCAGCCCCCAUCCUGCAGCUGGGCUCUCACCUGAGUGGGGCCCAGGGGCAGAAUCCCCCCGCAGCCGCUGCCCACGCUGGGGCUCAGCCCAGUGUUACCUCCGCUGAGGUGUAGCGACCUGGUUUGGGAACGACACGGCAGCCACAGCCAGGCUGCUCGGACCAUCAGCUCACAGACACCAAUGUGGUGGACGGCUAAUGGCGUUUAUUAACUGGUUACAUGGAGUUAUAAAAUCUCUGUUUGCUACAUCACUUCCAUCUGCUUACGUUACAAGUUAGGUAUUGCUUACCUUAUCAAGGACGCUAACCAACUAAGUAUUGAGGGAGGGGUUCUGUCUGCCCGUACAACACAAUAUCUUCCGACUGCCUGUCCCUAAUCUCCCACAGCCCAGGGCACCUUUGGGCUCAUGUCCAGCCUCUCACCCACCCGCACGGUGCUCAUGGCGGGAGCUGUGCAGGUGACAUCAUUGACACCAAAUAAACCAUCUCGCCCUGUUUCUUUUCUUUUUUAA